CAAUUCAGGAGGAAGACGGUUUUACAAAAUGUAUGGCAUUGGAAGGCUCUAUUAUCAGUGCCUCAGACACUGAUAACAAACCACAUAGUGAUGAAGACCAGCUUCAGAACAGAGAGCAUCCUCAAGAGAUCCUCAGUUGCUGCAAUUUUGAUAAAGACAAUUCGCUUCUCUCAACAAAUUGCAGCAACACGGAGUGUAUGGAUUCAAACCAAGAGGACUUAACACUGAACAUGAAAUACCAAAAUGAGGGUACAUCAAAGGAACAUACAUAUACCAUCACAUCAUGUGGAGACACUGCUGUUGAGUCAUUCACGUAUGAAAAGGAUGACAAUUCUGGACUCCCUGAAAAUCAGCAAAGGGAACCAGAGGCGGAAAGAGACACAGCAAAAGCUGUGGAAGACACAAAAAGUGAUGAUACCCCAACUUCCACCAAGGACAAUAUAUUAGGUUGUGAAAACAUAAAUGCCCCAGUUGACACAGUUCCAGAAAUGUCCUGUGACAGCAAUUGUGGAAAAGCAGUUGGUUGUCUUGCACAAGUAGAAACAGGUAAUGGUCUGAAAAGCACAUUUACAAAUGGAGAAGCGGAAGCAGUAAAUACUGUCACACUAAAGGAAACAGACAACCGUUCCCACCUGCAAGAGCAUAAAGGGAAUAAUGGUACACCCACCAAAGAGCUCAGACUCAUCACUAAAUUAAAGAAUUACUUGACAAGAUUUGAGUCUUCAAUAAAUGUACCAGAGCAAAAUAACUCUGAAUUUGUUGGUGAAUAUAGAAAUGUAGAUACACAGCCACUGAUUACAGAAACUGGCCCAAGAGACCAGGCAGUAAAUGAACAGCAAGAACCUAGAUCAGAUCCACAAGUUAGGGCGGAAUUCCCUCAAACCAAUCAUCAAAAUGGUAGCUUCACAUCCAAAUCAAACGAAGAAAACUGUAGCUUUUUGCAUUCCUCAACAAUGACUGAAGAAGAGGCUGGCAAAGGUCAUAAUCAAACAGAGGAAAUGACUACAGUGUUGCUGCCAGUUCUGACUUUGACAAGAAUGCAUCAUGCCAGUGAAGACCUGUCAAAUAGCAGAGGUGCAAAUCACGCCAAUUUAAGAUCAGAUGAACAUCAGAACUGUGAUAGAACCAUUGGAGCAACACUGGAUGAGACAGUUACAUUGGAAUCAAGUUUAAAGCAUAAUAAUCAUCCUGGAUACCAAGCUCCCUGGAAUGACAGCCAGAGAGUCCAUUCUGAGAUCUCUGCACAGAUUCCUGACACAUCUUAUUUCAUGAGGAAUCCCAGCUAUCGUUCAGAAGAACAACAAAGUAGCAACACCUACUCCUAUGAAACUAGCCAAACAGAAAAAAUAAUUGUUCUACACAAUCCGUGGGCAACUAAACCAAACGGGAACACUAAUCACCAGAGCAAAAGCGAUCCAAAAUGUAACACUACAUCCUUUCACAGAGACUACAGUGUGGGUGAUAUCUCCAGCACUCUAAAGGAGGCUGACUUUGCAGAUUCCUUGAAUGAACUUAAUCUGGUGAGAUCCAAAUGUGAAGAGAUGCUCAACUACUUCAUCUCUGCCUUUGAGAGGGACCAAAAUAUUGACUUCAACACAGCUGUCGUUUCAAGAGAUGCUGUCAUGGAGAGAUACCUAAAGCAUCCUCCAGCACCUGUAGAUCUGAAGUAUGAAGCGCUGAAUUCAUUUUUAGAGCUGCAGAUGAUGAUGGAAGCUAUGCAGUUUGUAGAGAACAAAAUGAGAUUCAUUAGUGGAGAGCCGACCUUCAGGACAUUGCUUUGGUAUGAUCCCUCUUUGAAGGGGGAGCUUUAUAAAGGGAAGGCUGGAUGCCAGCAGCAGUCAUCUUUGUACUCAUCCCUCCACGAGAAUAAUGCCUGUGAGAGCUACAGCAGAUUGCAUCAGUACUUUUCACAUAUUCCCACUUUAACACAUCCGCAUCAAAUUUCCUCAGACACAUCUCACUAUAUGUAUCUCAAGAACAAGAGGGAGAAACUAGAGAUCCAGGUGGCGUUGCAAAAUUUUGCAGAUUUGGAGAGCUUCUUUCUGUCUUUACCUGUGUCUUGCAUUAUUAACUUUGGAGACACCUUAGAGGAUUUGGAAACGCUCCAGAAGCGUGUCAUUUCAUUCACAGAGGUUCAUUCUAGCCAGCUGCAAGGGCCAUUUGAUAUCGGGAAGGCUGAGCACCUGCUGAUCAUGCACAGGUUUAUUUCUGAGAAAAUUAACUAUUUGUUGAGUUGCAAAGUAGUAGAUGACAAAGUGUCCUGGUUUGGCCUAGAGCAUCUUCAGCAUGAUGCUUCAAAGAUGCUGGUGUGGAAGACCCAAAAAACUCAGGUGCCCUAUAGAUUACUAACAAAGUGUAAUGAUGCACAGCGGCAAACAGUUAUAAGAGAAGACGGGGCUGCUAUUUUGCCUUUAAAAAGAAAAUCUGUGACUGAAGCUGGGAUCCCUACUCAGAAAAAAAGGGUGGCUGUUAAAGACCGCAAAUCAGUUCUGCGAGGGAAUGCCAAGAAGAGGCAGAACUGUGCACAGACCAAAUAUUAUGAAAAUGUCUCAGUGAAAAAGGACCUCUCUUCAAGCAUGUCAAGGUCUGGGAAUAUUGUGAAGCCUUCUGCCAAACGUGCAGAGACCCCAGGAUCCCUUUUCCAUAUUGGGGCUCGAAGCGGUGACAGCAGCACCCAAUACCAACCAAUGACUUGGGCAACUUUCAUGGCAGCCCACAACAAGCCUGACCAUAACCCUUCACAUGUGCACAAAGAAAUACCAAGAACUUGGCCACUCAUACCUUCUGAACACUGCACAAGUACCUGGACUGAAAUGCCAUGUGACAGACAGAAUCUGGAGUGGAAUCCAUCUGCAUCUUUCUUGCCUCACACAUUUAAGCCCUCAAUUCUGAAGUCCCAUCUUGAGGCAACACCCCACUUGCACACUAAUCAGAGUGUGACUGCCACCUACUCCCCGCUGAAGGUGCCUGCUGUGAGGAGUGGGGGAGAAAGCCACCUGGCCUCGCAACAGCAGUGGCAUCCAAGCUGGAGCCAUAAGGACACACAGGAGUGGAGCCCGAGCAGUAAGCACCCCUGGAGCAGCGUAUGGGGCGAAAGCGAACCAGCCCUCGGGUUGCUUCCCUUCAGUGGGGAUUAUCUGAAUCCGCAAAACCACUGGGAUCCUGCCCUUUUCUCUUCUCUGUCUCCACUCCAGCCGCCUCUAACAUUUCCCUCACAGGGCAGUCCUGCACCACAGUCCCUCUGUGCCCACUCCCCAUUCCAAGCCACUACAAAACCCGCCCCUUUGUUGUACAAACCCAAAGCUUUGAGCUACCCCUACUUCCUCUGGAAUCAACACACCCACACCACUGCUAGUCCUGCAUUGGUUCCCGCCCCACACCUUAAUGGAACCAGUUUUCAUCCUUACCCAGAAAGGCCCAGGGCUAAUUUGUGCCUAUCAGAUAUGACUCAACACAGACAUGACCUCUGAAACCAUCAAGAGCAGGUGUUUAUAUGUAGAAAGAAGAAAAGCUAAAUAAAGAGGAAAUGGAUACCACAGCCUUGUUUUGCAUACUGUUUGCAUUGUAUUGUAUCAGCCAUAAAACACAAUGC